CUGGCCUGCAGCAACACUCUCGUCACUUGCCUACCUGAGCUAUAUUUACUUAAGCCGCGCCGGCAGAUAAUUUAUUCCUCAAACACUGUCCUCGAGGAAAAAGCGCCUGAUACAGCGGUCCUGGCCCGUCAUUUUGACGGCUCUUAUGCCUCUUGGAAUUCAUGUCCUCCUCCUGCCUACUAUCAUAUAAACAGGAAGUUAAUACUAGAGCCAAAGGUUACCGUCAAUCUACGCAUUAUCCUCGUAGGAAACUCAACUACAGGGCUCACUAUUCUCGAGGCUCUUGCUAACAGGUAA